CAUACUUGUCAGUAGCUGAAGAAUCAAGAAGAUGUUCUCCUCCAACUGCUUCGCGUUUCUCCUCCUGGCCGUCCUCGCCACACCAGCAUCUGUCCUCUGUCAAGGAACAAAUACAAGCUGUCCACAAAGCGGCCGCCUAAGCGCAAAGCUUUUGGCCCUCGCCACGGAACUUUCAAGCAUUGACGGCGACAUUACUUGCUCCUUGGACAUCAUCGCCCAGCAAUGUCCCUGCCUGGAUGCCUCCAGCGACUGCUUCGAAACACGUGUCACAAGCUUCCAAACCGCUUUACAAGACCUCAUGGCGGAUGUCGCCAAUGUCACAGCCGACGCCCCAGUAGACUGCCCUGAGCGUACCGGUGCGGUGUUCGUGGCUUCGUGUGAUGAACCUGAUGUUGCUGUGGUAGACCCCAAUGGUGUCAUCCAAAACGACUUCACAUUAGGCGAGAAUGUAACUAGAUUGUCUGUUUUCCCCGACGGUGCUACUUCUGGGUUUGAAUACCUUAAAAACAACCCGUUUCAAGUUCGAUGUCGCGCACAAGAUGGAUCGGAAACCGUAUUAGGCGAUACUACUGAUACUCUACUAACAGCUGGGCCAGUAGGUACUGGGAUUGCGUACAAUCCUGCCACAGACCAAGACUAUGUAGCCAUUUCGUUCAACGGUGAUGCGUCUCGGAAUGGCAUCUAUUCCUUCAAUAGGACCACUACAGAUAUCAACAAGGUUAUCGACAUUACUGGCCCGACCGGACAGAUUCAGAUCUUUAACGGUGUUGUGUACAUGAGCCUCGGUUCGAAUAUCUUGGCACUGUCUGCUGCAGGUCCUCCGGUGAUAGAAGUCUUUUUUGUAGUGCAAAUUGCGUCUUUUGUAGUACUCGAUGUUGGUCGUUUUGCGUUUUGUGAGGAGGCAACGGGUUCCGUGUAUGUUGUCUUCCCCGCAACCUUUUCCUUCAGGCAGAUAAGGCAGCCGAGUUUAAGCAACCAAUGUGGUUCCAUCGGAGUCAACCCCUGUAACUCCCUGCUCUACGUUGUCAACCAAAACGAUGCAAACAUUGCAAUCUACAACACUACUUCAUUUACUUCGGAAGGGACGUUAGCAUACAGCACGUCACCAUCUGCUUGCCCAUCUUUGGGGGUGGAUCCAACAUUCUGCUGUGCAUAAGCGGAGUUCGACGACGGUUGAGCUGAUAUCCAAAGCUACGUCAUCCACAUAAAAGAAUGUUAAAAAGUGUAGAGGCAUUGCUUUGUCAAUAAACCUAUCUUACACAA